AUGGAAGCUAAACAACUGCUACGAACUCUGCUGCUGAUCGGUCUGGGACUGGGACUUGUUCUUCAGACUCAAGCCGAUUGUCCGCUCUCCCGGGCCAUGAUUGAGGGCACUAAUCGCAUCUUUACCAACCGAGCGGCCAAUGGAAACUACGAUCUGAAGCGGGUUCAACGUGUUCGUACCCGAGAAGUGCUGCACAUGUUCUGUCAGCCAAAUGACAUUGUUCAGACCACCUGCCAGAGAACCAAUAACUUCAGUCGUCCCCUGCCCAUGCGCUGUGUACGUACUCCCAUAGCUCCCACAGCCACCGUUGUCACGGAUACCUCCUGCCCGGCCACCAUGUACUCCGUGGGUUAUACCAUUAACAAUCGUCGUUUGGAACUAUACCGUGCCUGCUAUGACCGGAAUGCCGUUAGAGCACAGUUCUCCACGCAUCUGGUGUACCACAAGACAUUCUUCCCGCGAAGACCAUGCGCCACAUUUACCCGCGAUGGAGCCAUCAGUGAGACGGAUGCCGCCAGUUUCUCGCCCCGUAGCAUUUACAGGGCCUUCCGGGCCAUCUUUGGCAACACUCAGCGUUACAUAGCCAAUGAACGUGACACGGUGAUCAAUCGUGGACACUUGACCCCAUCGGCUGACUACUUUUAUGGUGACCAGAUGUGCGCCACCUUCAAGUAUGUCAAUGUGGUGCCGCAGUGGAAGACCAUCAAUGAGCGCAAUUGGGAGGCCAUUGAACGUUGGGUGCGCAGUCGCAUUAGUGCUGGUGGUUUUCUAAGGAUCAAGACGGGAGCCACCGGUAGACUGACGCUACCCGAUAGCCGGAGGCGACUACGGCCCAUUAUCCUGGGAGCCGGCGCCAAGAAUAUUAUGCCCGAGUGGCUCUUUAAGGUGGUGCGGACAUCCACUAAUCAGCCGCAUACCGUGUUUGUGACCUACAACAAUGUAUUUGCCAGAGCUCGUCCAGGUGUGCCGAGAUUCUGUACCUCUAUACCUUGCCCUCUGACCCUGACGGAUACGGCAGCUGCCGGUUAUACCUACUGUUGCAAUGCCACCAUCUUUGCCCUUUAA